AUGACGACCGACGCGUUCUUACAAUGCCUCCAUCGAUUCAUAGCACGGAGGGGUAGAUGUCGAACCAUCUAUUCCGACAACGGUAGAAAUUUUAUUGGCGCCCGAAGUGGAUUAAGGGAAUUAGGCUUACUGUUAGACUCUCGUACGCAUCACAAUCGCAUUAUAGACACGUUGGCGCAGGAGCGCAUCGCUUGGCACUUAAUACCGCCAAGCGCUCCGCAUUUUGGCGGCCUAUGGGAGAGGGGGGUGCGAUCUGUAAAAACCCACUUGAAGAAGGUCGUCGGCGAGCAGAGGCUCACGUAUGAGGAGUUAUACACGAUACUAACGCAAGUUGAAGCCUGCCUCAACUCCCGUCCUCUGCACCCCAUAUCCACUGAUCCCAACGACCUGAACCCCCUCACGCCCGGUCACUUCCUCAUCGGAGAUGCGUUGAUGGCACUCCCACAGCCGGACCUAACUAACGUAACCGAGACCAGAUUAAACAGGUAUCAGCUGGUGCAAAAAACCAUACAACACUUCUGGAAGAGGUGGCAGCGGGAAUACCUCCACGGCCUGCAACAACGGCACAAGUGGCGGACCGACUCACCAGACUUGAUCCGGAUAGGCGCUAUGAUUCUCCUAGGAGAAGACAACCUACCGCCACUGCAAUGGCGAUUAGGGCGCAUCAUCGAUCUGCACCCUGGACCUGAUGGAGUCGCCAGAGUGGUCUCCGUACGAACGGCCCAUGGAACACUCAAGAGGCCAGUCAAGAAGAUUUGCGUCCUGCCAGAUGCAGAGGAUGCGAAUCAUUCUCCCACUUAA